GGAAGCCUGGCUCACCCAGGAAGCGAGGCUGCCUGAGAGCUGAAAACCCGAGCCUAGGAGCCUAGCCGAGAAUCGGUGCGGACCAGAACCCCUGUUUGGUACUCCCCUAGUGCACAUGUACUAGCCCGACUCCCCUGCAAGAGGGAGCCAGUCUCCACGGAGCAACGGAAGAGCGGGGAAGAAAGGCAGAAGCGCGAGAAAGAAAGCUGUGUUCCAGCCGCCGAGGGUGGAAAGAGCCGCAGCCUGCAGCAGGAAUUUAUGCUACCUCUGACAUGUAUACAGUGAGUCAGGAGCUCCUGUGCUAGUCAACUCAAGACAAACACAAACUCAACUGAAGCCAAGAUCAAAGGUGGCAGUCCUACUACAAGCCUUGGAUGCAAAUUCUGCUGCUGGUUAGAGUGCAUUAAUUGAAGUAACUACCAUGGACUUUGUUAUGAAGCAAGCCCUUGGGGGGGCCACCAAAGACAUGGGAAAGAUGUUGGGGGGUGAGGAGGAGAAGGAUCCAGAUGCCCAGAAGAAGGAAGAAGAACGGCAGGAGGCCCUCAGACAACAGGAGGAGGAACGCAAAGCCAAGCAUGCUCGCAUGGAGGCAGAGCGGGAAAAGGUCCGGCAGCAAAUUCGAGACAAGUAUGGCCUGAAGAAGAAGGAAGAGAAGGAGGCUGAAGAGAAGGCUGCCUUGGAGCAGCCAUGUGAGGGCAGCCUGACCCGCCCCAAGAAAGCCAUUCCAGCCGGUUGUGGGGAUGAGGAGGAGGAGGAGGAAGAGAGCAUCCUGGACACCGUUCUCAAGUACCUACCUGGGCCUCUCCAGGACAUGUUCAAGAAGUAACCCUGGCCCAACUCCAUCCCAUUCUCAACAGUCCCACUUUUGUUUUUAAUUCAUUUUUUUCCACUUUCCAUUCAGUAUGAAUUUUGAAGGGCAAACCUCAUUUGACCUCACCCCCCCACCUCCACCCCUCAUGGACUGUGGGACCCAAGCCCCUCAUCUUUGGCCGGAAACUCCCAGGGCUCCCCACCCUGUUCAGUACUGUCCCCUGACCCACAGUGCCCUGGGCCUCUUGAGAAGCCCUAGGGAAAGGAGGCUGCUGGCCUGGGCUGAGGGCCAGAAACUAGGACCAAACCAUUGAUGACCUCAGGAGAGGCCCGGGAUGUGCUGAAGUGGGAGGAAAGGCCUGACCACUGAGUCCCACAUGCACACACUCCUCCCGAACCUCUUCCUACCAGGAACAUUCCUCAUGCCUCGAGCAUGAUCUCCACUGCCACAGAGAGGGGAGGGCAGGCCAGUGGGCCCUAGGGGAAGGACUCAGAGGAGAGGAGGAUCAGGUUGCCUAUUCUUCCUCCUCUACUCCCCUAGAGAUCACUGGAGCUCUAAGCCCCGUUCCCCAACCCCAAUGGGUCAAAACUCCCAACACAUUCCAGCCCCGCCCAAUAGAGCACAAAGAUGAGGGGCAAGGGCCAGCUCUGGACCCUUCGAUAGGGAGCCCAUCAGCCAAUUCCAGAAAAAAGUGGAGCAGAUUUCUGCUCCUUGAUAUCUUCCUAGGCCUCCCCAAUCUCACUUCAAUAUUAGGGACUCAGCCCACUAUGGUAAGAACAGCCCCUCCCAGCCUCAUCCCUCCCUGUUCCUGGCUAGACCUGGGAGUCGCAAGGAAGAUCAUUUGGUUGUGGGAGGUAUCAUUAGAGUCUCUUAGUCCCCAGCCCUGUCAUCACUGACCUGCAUAGGCCCAGAAGUACAGGAGUAUCAGAAGGGCCUGUGCCCUAACCAAAGGGGUAUUCUGGAGUGUUGAAGGGUCACGCAGGGUCUUACCAGCAAGGUUGACUCCCAUUCUCACAAAUAUGGCAGCCUGUCCUUUCCCCUGUCAGUGAAGCAGAUCUUUCCACAGGGCACUAAAAGGUUGUCCCUGUGACAUCACUGUACCCCGGGAAGCCUCUGCCUUCCCCUCACAUCCUAAUGGCCACUGUGGAGCCUGAUCCCUUCUCUCCUAAAAAGACAUGCUGGGUCCCAGCCCACAGUCCUCCCCCAAUAGGGCAGCCCCUUCCAAAUCUAUAUCAAUCUCUGGAGCCAUCGGGCAGCAUCAAUCCUCAGCCAGAGAAUACCCAGUGGAGAGGAGAUGCUGCUCCCAUUCCUCCCCCCACCCCCAGCCCAUCCAGGCGCUUCCAGGGCCCUGAGCGGAAACCAUGUCCCCCAGAAGGGCUCCCUAUAAGCGGGGCUCAGGCUAAGGCACCGAGGGCAAGCUCACCUAGUCUUGCCCUGGUCCUGUGAGGAAAAUCAGCCCCAGCUGAACUGCUGCCUUCUCAUUCCGGCUGAGGAUCUGUCUGCCCAUAUGCUAAGCCCCAAAGCAGGCAUCUGUCCGUCCAUCUAUCAGUCUGUCUUGUGGCCAGGAAAAAUUUCUCCUCUCAGAUGCGCCGAGGAAACCCCCUCCCUAACAUUCCCCCCCAUGCCCUUACCCACCAUUCUGAGGACUCCCGGGGCAGGGAGGCUGGGAGCGGGAAAGUGUGGACGAAUGGGGGCGGGCACAAGAUGGAUAUGUCUCUAGUUGGGCGGUGUGAAUGUACGUGUUAUAAAUAUGGAUGUGUAUGGAUGUGUCAAAGAUGGCCUGUGUGUUUGGGAGACAAUUCUUUGUGUAUUAGAGAAGCCUUUAGAGACUACAAGAAUGCUAGGGAUCCGAAUAUGUAUAUAUAGAGACUGUGUGGGUGGGUGUUUUAGAAAGGGUGUGCUAGGAAUUGUGUGUCUGUAUCACAGACCAUCUAUAUUAGAGGGACACAUGUGUGUGUUAGAGAUCAUAUGUUAAAAGGGUAUUGUUAGAGGAUGUUUGUGUGUUAUUACAGGCGUGUGAGUGUGUGUGUGUGUGUGUGUGUGUGUAAACGCAUGUGUGACACUCUGCAGGCUGCCUGGGUGACUUCGAGUGCUAGCAGGACUGGGAAAUAUCUCCCCCCUCUCAGACCGGCCAUCCCCUGCCCACUGCCAUACCCGGAGCAGAUGUGAGAGGAGACAUUUUUCCUACAGCCCAAGACCCUCCUCCUUUCCCCUAGGCUCCCAGAGCCAAGCCUUGACCGCCCUCCUCCCUCACUGGAUGUGAUGGGGAGAAUCCUGUUUGGGUCCUGGGAAGCACUGGGCGGCUCAGACUGGUCUGGGCAGCCUCAGGAACAGGACUGCCCUUUGUCCCUCUAUCAGAGAAGCCAUGCUGGUUACGGGGUGGGAGAGGGAGAUGCCUCAAAGAGGGUUGCUACGCCCGCCCCUCACCACCCCACCGCCACCACCACCACUUUUCACCAUCGCCCCAGUUUACAAACUGGGGUGUUUCAUUUUAGAGAAUUUUUCUUUUAAUUUCAAAAGAGAAAGCAGCUCACGUCGUGUCUUCUCUGUCCGUUUCCAAUAGUUAAAGCCAUAUCAGUUAGACUGCAAUACUUUAAAGCUGAGGGGGAAAAAACCAUAGAUUUAAGAAAACCAGAAAGGGAGUUUUGUUCAUCCCCUCUAUCCUGGGGUGAUCUGUCUCUCCAGCCUCCAGGUGUUCCUUCCCCCCGACUCCCGAAUCUUCCCCCUGCCUCUUUGUGCCCCAAUCUCUGGCCCCUAGGGUCAUGUACUUGUGAGUGUGUCCAUGUAUGUCUCUGUAAUGGGGGACACCUAACCCCCUCAACUACUGUAUCACCCCAUUGUUGUCUCUGCUUGUCCAUGGUCAUUAGAGUAAGAUGGUUACCCUGCAAGGUCUUAUGGGGCCAAGAGGUGAAGGGUAAGCUGGGGAUAAAGGGGAGCUGAACAGAAACUGGAUAGACCUUGAGCCAUUUACCUCUCUUGAGAGAAAGCUAAUGAUUCUUGUCAUCUGUCAUCAUCACAAGUUCCAGGGAGCAAUAUCAGAGGUUCCUUUGACUUCUGGGGACCAACCCCAAUGUAUGUAUCUUCAGGAAAAGAAAGAGGAUUGGGAAUUCCCAGCCAAACAUAGGAUCUACAGACAUGCAGGGAGAUGCCCAAUUACAAGAGGUCUAAAGACCCACAAAGGAAUUCCCAGACACACAAGGGGUCUGUAGAAAUACAAAGGAAUUCCCAGUUGUACAUGUGAAGAGAAUCCAAGUCACAUAAGGAGUUGACUGACAUAUAUGGGGAUUCCCAGGAGUACAAAUGGGUUUGAAAUAAGAAUGGGGGGGGGGGGAGGGAGAGAAGAACUUGAAGAGAAAAAAAAGGUCUGCAAACAUAUGUAAAGAAUUUCUGGGUUCAGAAAAGCUUAGUGGAAGGGAUCCCUAGGCCCUUUAGCUGCUAGGGCCUUCCACUUUGGAGGGGACUAUCUAGACUCCCAAAGUACUCCCCUUCUCCCCUCCAGGGCACCAGACUGCUCAGAGAUAACUGGAAUUGGGCCCUUGAAGGUAACAUUCUCCACUAAGACCUUUCCACAUACAUACUAGACCUCCUACAAGUUCAGGACUUAACCACUAGCUGCUCUGGGAGGCCCCAUCACCCCCAAGGUGCUGGCUUCCUUGGGGACCACUCCUGAGAAACAGAAGAAAAGGGAACGAUACACUCUGGGGGACUGUUCCCACAGGGUAGAAAAGUGUAACUAAUUCCUGUCAAGCUCUGUCCGAUCCUCGCUCCCCCAGUGGGCAAAUCGAGGGGGAUCUGGAGAUGAUGUACCGUGUGCACAGCAAUGGCCACUGGGGAAGGGGUGCCGGGCGUAGGAGCUCAGUGAGGAGACAUUGUUCGGUGCAUGAGAUAAGAAAUGUGAUGUAUGUGUCUGUCACUCUCUCCGACCACACGGCUGAUUGUAGCACUACCUAGAGAAGGCCCGUGAUGCGGUGGAAGGGGAGUGAUAUAUGGAGCGCGGUCUGAGAGGUUCUCAUUCAGUGCAGGGACCAGAGGAUUGAUGGGUAGGGGGUGGGAGACCCAGGCUAGCGGGGGUGGGGUGAGUUCGUGGCACACUGUUGGGGGGCAGGGACUAGCUUGACACAAACUGAUUGUAGCUUCCCUGCACAGAUGAGUAAUGAGGCAGAAUCUGCUGACAGGGCAUCGUAUAGGUAAAUGGGAAAAGAGAAAGAGAAGAUGUGCCGCCAUCCAUGGAAAUCUGUGGGCACUUGAUAAUGGAGAACGUGCAAUAUGCAGAAUCCCCAUCUGGGAAAGCUCAUCAGGGAUUCAGGAACCAAGAAGCGCUAGCAGAAGGGGAGGUAGAGAUAGUAUGUUUGCAGGGAGGAGAUGUGUUCAGAGCAGUGCAAAGGCAGAACCUGAGGGAAAGCCCUCGCCCACCCUCCUUCCCAGGCCAACAACAGUCAGUUGAGAAGGACAAACAAAGGCCAUCUUUGCUCCAACCCCCCAGACCUCCCACGGGUUCUUAUCCGAAAGUUGCCAUAUCCUGGAAAUGCAGGAUCCCAAUGCCAUACUUCCUUAGGCAAUAAACCUGCCCCUGGCAACCUGGUUCGUGAGAUCCAAUACAGAGAGACAAGAGACAGAACAGCUAGGCUGAUACCAUACCCUGCCCUUAAUCCAGAUGGAGACUCACUUCUCUAGGACUAAGUGGCUUGUGAGUGGCUCUGGCUCCAGGAACCUGGGAAGAAAAAGGGAGCUCUCAGGAGACAGUUUUAUAGGCAGGCAUAGCCUCUCUAUUCAUUGGAUCCAUCUGGAAGCUGGGGGCAGGAACCUAUCCCUCCAUAUCUAGACCCUCUACCUCCACCUUCCCCAGAGGCCCCAUAGCCUUGAUCCCGGGGGGAAGAAGUGGGGGGUGGGGGGCCCUUAGGCCAGGCCGAGUGACCAUCUUGCUUUCCAUCAACCUCAGAGACAAUCCAAUCCCCACUCCUCUUGUGUGUAAUUGUGUCCUUGUGGCCCCGCAUACCCUGAAUGUGUCAGUGCCUGGGGGGAGGAGGGCUCUCUCCCACCCCCUGAAUCUGACCUAAAGCCAUGGCUGCCGCUCCCCCCAUCCCCAAUCCCAACUUUGUAUGACGCAAAAAGCUAACUACGGAUGUACAAAAUCAACUGCGACCAAGAAAAGACAUUGUACAGCUCUCCA